AUUUUGCAGAACACAAGCACUGACUGCCAGGCUGCUGAACCUGCAAUGAUGUUUUGUCUCACCCUCCUUGCUUUACUUUGUUGCGGCAUCUUCGUCAAUUCAGGACAGAUUCAGCCACGUUCUUCUUCCUCUUCUGGUGAAUAUGGUGGGGGUGGAGGAAAGCGAUUCUCACACUCUGGAAACCAGUUGGAUGGGCCGAUAACAGCCAUUAGAGUUCGAACUAACCGCUGGGGUUAUAUUGUGGGCCUCCAGGUCCGGUAUGGGAAGGAGUGGAGCAACUACGUGGGUGGCUCAUCAGGUGACCAGGAAGAAAUCUUCUUCCACCCAGGAGAGUCCAUCAUCCAAGCCUCUGGGAACUACAAGACCUACAUCCGCAAACUUGUGUUCAUCACUGAUAAGGGGCGCUACUUCCCAUUUGGAAAGGACACGGGCACCAGUUUUAAUGCCGCUCCGCUCUUCUCCGGCACUGUCCUGCGUUACUUAAGUGGCCGCUUCGGUUCUGUCAUUGAUGCCCUAGCAUUCCACUGGGACAAGUACCCGACUGAUUGCCUCAGCUGCAAAAAAUGAGGGAACAGAAUAGCAAGAGGGACACAGAUUGAUCAGUGGGGUACUCCAGGGUAUAGAAAGCCUGUCCUUUCAUCCCUGUCUUUGCACUUGAUCUCCCCCUCAUUCGUGGGCUAAGUGGGUCUUUCAGCCAUCUCAGGGUCCAAGAAUUCUUCUGCCGGCUGGCUCCUCAGCCAAGCCACCCAGGCAAAUAUUUCCAGCAUUUCUCUGCCUCCCCCCCCCCUCCCCUCUUCCAUCCAUAUAUAUUCACCUCCAUCCAAUCUAUUCAUCAUCUCUUGCAACAUGUUUUCUGUCUCUCGUUUGUUAAUCUGUUCAACCAGCCACCCAACCAUCUCCCUUAAUCCUUCCCCAUUUCUUCACUACUUCUCAUCCCCUCAAAUGAUGGGCAUCCCUGCUGAUGAGUGUCAGACAAUAAAAAUCUGAUUCGAAACAA